AUGGGUUCUUACAAUCCCUUCCCUGCCUCUCCACCAGUCUCGCCGCCAAACGGCUUCAACGGUGCCCAUGGCUACUCGACGCCUCUUUUCCCUGCAAAACCAAACGUCCUCUUCAUCAUGGCCGACCAGCUUGCGGCACCGCUGUUGAAGAUGCACAAUCCAAAGUCUCAGAUCAAGACUCCAAAUCUCGACAAACUCGCUGAGCGCUCGGUGGUCUUCGACUCUGCUUACUGCAACUCUCCUCUGUGUGCCCCGUCUCGGAUGUGCUUGAUCAGUGGACAACUGCCUUCGAAAAUUGGGUCGUACGAUAAUGCCUGCUCCAUUCCCUCUGAGACACCCACCUAUGCACACUACUUGCGAGCUGCUGGAUACGAGACGACGCUAGCAGGCAAAAUGCACUUCAUUGGGGAUCAGCUGCACGGCUAUGAAAACAGAUUGACUGCGGACAUUUAUCCGGGGGAUUUUGGCUGGGCGGUGAAUUGGGAUGACCCCGAUCGAAGACUGGAGUGGUAUCACAACAGUAGCUCUAUCUUGCAGGCCGGGCCCUGUGUAAGGACCAACCAACUCGAUUAUGACGAGGAGGUGUUGUAUAAGUCCAAACAGUACCUGUACGACUACGCAAGAGAGCCUGCCGGCAAACGACCAUUUGCCUUGACCGUAUCCUUCACCCACCCCCAUGACCCAUAUGCCAUCGAGGACAAAUAUUGGGAUUUGUACGAGGGGGUUGACAUUGAGCUGCCCACCGUCACGCUCAAAGAGGAAGAACAAGAUCCUCACAGCCGACGUCUGAUGCACGUCUGCGAACUUGAAGGACAUAACUUCACCGACGAGCAAAUCAAGCGUGCUCGACGAGCAUAUUACGGUGCCGUCAGCUAUGUCGACGACUGCAUUGGCCAGUUGCUCGAUGUUUUGAAAAAAUGUGGACUGGACGAAAAUACCGUGAUUAUGUUCUCUGGCGACCAUGGAGAUAUGUUAGGCGAGAGGGGUCUCUGGUAUAAGAUGUCCUACUUUGAGAACUCUGUUCGAGUGCCCAUGCUCAUCAGCCAUCCAAAACAAUUCACUCCCCACCGUGUUUCUCAAAAUGUUUCGACUCUGGACUUGAUGCCUACUCUAGUGGAUCUGAUCGGGUCGAAAUUGAUUCCGGGAUUGCCGAUGGAUGGCCUCUCUUUGAUGCCUCACUUAUACAGUGGCAACGGUGGCCACGACACGGUGUUUGCGGAAUACAUGGGCGAAGGAACAGUGGCUCCGUUGAUGAUGAUUCGACGAGGCGACUGGAAAUACAUCACAUGCCCAGUUGAUCCUCCUCAAAUGUUCAAUCUUCGUAACGACCCACUGGAAGUCGUCAACCUAGCCACCAGCCAAGACCCAGAUGUACAGGCCGUUUUCAAGGCUUUCGAAGAGGAAGCCAACCAGAAAUGGGACUUCAAGAAGAUUACUCAAGACGUCCUCACAUGCCAGCGUCAACGUCGAUUUGUCUGGUCUGCCUUGAUCAAAGGCCGCUUCGAAAGCUGGGAUUGGAAAGGUAACGAGGAUGGCCGUACCAAGUACAUUCGUUCCCAAACUCCUCUAGACGAACUGGAGCGACGUGCGAGGUAUCCCAUGCACAGCAAUGUUCCGGCCCAAAUCACCGUCAACGAUCAAGCCGAAGUGGCCUGUCUCCAACACAAGAGACUGGCCGAAGUUGCCAAUGACACUGUCCACUAUCGUUGA